AUGUCUUCAAUUGCGUCACAUAUAUCUCAAGACUUCGGCUAUCCCCUCAUGCUGGAAGAUUAUAUUCCGAUCUCCCCUCCGCCCACCAACAUCCCAGAUCUCUGCGCUACCUGUCAUGCGUUCGGCGCGAAGAACAAGUGCAGUAAGUGCAAGAGCAUCCGCUAUUGCUCACCAGCCUGUCAAAAGCAUGAUUGGGAUGCCAACCACAAGCUCAUCUGCAAGUCAUAUGUCAACGCUACCCAGAAACCCAUACGCGAACCCCUGCGGCGUGUCCUAUACUUCCCCGAAAAGUUUCACAAACCUCUCUUCUCCGUCCUCGCGUUCGACGAGAAAGGUACGGUAGGCGGCCUCGAACAUCACUUCCCCGCUGUACCCGCUCAAGAGAUCAAAAAGCUCUCUUUCCAUAACCGAUACUUACCGUACUUUGUCCAAAUCAACUAUGACGCCAACACUCAUGGAGAGCGUGCCCUGACUGAGAACAAGACCUUCGGAUUGCCGUUUCGAGGCCCGAUCGUUGUGCUGGCUUAUGACUUGGAUGUCGCGCUGAGCGGUCCAGCGCUGAAUGUAGAUACUACGAUUAUGGGCCCGUUGGUGGAGUAUGUCAAGUUGUGUCGCGAGUAUGAUGGGCCAAAGUUCAUUGAGCAACCACAGCAAAGAUAUACCAAGGCAGAACUAGAGGAUAUUUUGAGCAACUCUGCCGUAUCUGGUUGA